AUGCAGUCCAAAAUUGUUCUCGUGAGUUUGGCUCUGGCUGGCUUUGCUGCCUGUGGCCCUUGCAAGCCGAGCAGCCGAGUCACAGCGAGCAGCCCUCCUACCACCUCAUCUGUUGCGACAAUCGAUGUUUCCAAGAGUUCGACGGACAGCCAAACGAACAUCAACAGCCUGACCAUCACGCUAUCUGCUGGUACCACCGAAGUUCCCAGUUCUACUCUUCCCCAGUCAUCAACAACGACCCAAGAGGAAGACAUCAUCAUCACCAACGCUAUUUCAGGUGGCUCUUUCGCCAGUCGCGACCCCAACAGCCCAAGUGGCCUCACCAACUUCGGCGCCUCGGGUAAUGCCGAGUUCCACCAAGGCGGAUGCUACCGUGUCGAUGGUAGUCUCGAUGAUGGCUGCGCGGCUUUGAGUGCUAAUGGAGACGUCACCAAGCGGAGCUUUUUUGGCUCUUUUGCUAGCAUCUUCCAGACUGUACGAUCGGUCCCGAGAAAGAAGUACACUAUCCAGUUUUUUUAUCUCAUCAGGUCAGCUGGGGGCCAGGGCUGUAUUGCAAGCGCGGCAUUUGGCAAUGCAGAGUUCUAUUCUCAGCCUGCUUCUAGCUCAGGACCAUCGUGGGCUAGGGUACUGAGGCAGGUUGAGGCAUUUUCCGAUUUGCCAACCUUUGCUAUCUCACUGACAUGCUCUGGUGGUGGUACAUCUUCAAUCCUGGUCGACUCCAUCUUCAUCUCGGACCAAAUAACUCCAGAGACUAUUGGCAAUUUUCAUCUUGACUUGGGUGGGAGCCCUCCGAUCAAUCCUGUCGAGACUACGACGGCGAUCAGGGCUCAAGAGUCCCCAACUCUCACAAGCCAAAGCGAGUCAACCGGCAUCGGCGGCUUGGAGAGUACGAGCGCUGCGACAUCCAUCUCGACGACCUCUCUAGAAGUCGCUUCGUCGGCUACCACUGAGGCACAGUCCACUAGCUCUGAUUCCGAAAUCGCCAGUGCCGCAUCGGAGAGCAGCGAGAGUUUAACAUCUUCGACUGAGCCUCCUUCAGGAGGAACCACUGAUACUACGGCCAUCAGCGUAUCUUCGACGUCACCAGCUGCUGGAGAGACAAGCGUGGCCGAAACAACUAGCUCAACAUCAGUGGAAAUUGGCUUGACAUCUCAAUCUGUCACUACAGCAGAGCCUUCUCAUACCACCAGCUCUGCCUGCAAGCAAACAUGUGAGAUUAUCAGCGACUAUUACGCACACCUCGAUGACUUUGGCUGCGAUCUUAAUGGCGUUUUCACGAAUAGUGGUGCUAUUUAUACCCUUCCUGGUGAAGAAGUUGGUGCGCCACAAACACACUCGUACAGCACCAAUGCUGAGUGUGCCGAGAUCUGCAAGACUCUUCCAGGAUGCUUGUCAGCUGGAUUCCAGACACUCUCUGGCAAGUGUUUCUUCUCCAACACCUUGGUUACUCGAGACGAAAUACGCGAUGGAAGAGACAGUCAAAUGGUUCAUUGGUUUGGUAUGGAGUGCUUCACAUGCGGCUGCAGUACCGGUGGCACAUCGACAUCGGCGAUUCCUACGACUACAGUAGUUUCCGAACCUACCAGCUUCACCACUACCACUAAAGCUACUCAGCCAACAGGGGUUUGCCACAACAACCGCGGCCAAGAGUGUGAGAUCAACCCAUCAAGCGUCGAGAACAACCCCUAUGUCUGCAUUGGUGGAGGCGUCUUUCUGGGAGAGGCCUGGACAGUUCCUCGCUCACUGUAUCCUAUGCAGGAGAACGGAGAGCAGUGCGCAGCCAUCUGCGACACUCUGGAGAACUACUCCGACUUUGCUGAACCCGAUCCGAACUACGACGACUUUGGUCUGGACCCCAAGAACAGUGUUUGGAGUCAUAGAUCCUGCUACACGUGUCCGACCUGCGUCCUUAGCAACGCACCUCUUCCCAAGAGUCCAACGUGCAACUACAAGCCUGGUGACUCUUGCACGCGCGUAAGUGCGGAUAGCGUUCUCUGCAAUUAUUUGGGAAUGUUGCCUGGGACUUUCGGCGCUCUUGGUAGCUAUCCUGACCAGAGCUCAUCUGGAAAAUGUGCUGCUAUCUGCCGGAAGAUGAAAGAUUGUAUGGGCUCUGGUUAUCGGGAUGGUCAGUGCAUGUUUACAAGCACAACGCUUGCGCCAGGUGAUUUUCUGGAUAGGCAUAAUUACGAUCUUGUCUGGGACGACCCUUCAUGCUUCGAAUGCCCUGGGUGUUCAACUUAG